AGUAGUAUCGAUCAACGACAUAGAGGAGGACGAGCGUAAGUUAGUGAAAAGCCUUGCGAAGUAGGGGAUCAUUAAGCUAUUUUAUGGGGUCCGUACAGAAAGAUGGGAAGUUUCCGACAACGCGACGGAACUAGAAAGAAAUGAGUCGAGGACUUCCUGAUAGAGAGAAAGAGGGUUUUAGAUCUUUCUCUUUCUCUCUUUCAUUAUCACUUUCCAUCUGAACAAAUCACAGCAAAAGAAUCGAUUAAAACGUUGCGUUGCAGAGUCAAAAGCUGUUCGCUUUUUUUAUUUUUUAUUUUAAAUUUUUUUUCUCGAAGGCGGAUUCUUGCUCUUCUUUUUGGCGGGAAUUCGAAUUCUCUCAAUCUUUCCAUUUUUUAUCAUCAAGACAAAAAUAUUUGGAGCGUUGAUUGAUGUGAUCAAAGAGAGAGAGAUGGGAUUGUCGGACAAUUCGAAGGGAGUGAUAUUAGCAGUGGCGUCAAGCGCGUUUAUCGGGUCAAGUUUUAUUCUGAAGAAGAAAGGACUCAAGCGUGCUGGUGCUACGGGUACUCGCGCAGGAGUUGGAGGUUAUACCUACUUAUUAGAGCCACUUUGGUGGGCGGGCAUGAUAACAAUGAUUAUUGGAGAGGUUGCAAAUUUUGUGGCUUAUGUAUAUGCUCCUGCUGUUCUAGUUACCCCACUUGGUGCACUAAGUAUAAUUGUGAGUGCUUUUCUGGCACACUUUAUGUUGAAGGAACGAGUUCAGAAAAUGGGUAUUGUAGGAUGUGUCUCCUGCAUUGUAGGUUCAGUGGUGAUUGUAAUCCAUGCACCACAGGAGCAUACUCCAAGUUCUGUACUAGAAAUUUGGACUCUAGCAACACAACCAGCUUUUCUUAUUUAUGUAGCAGCUACACUUUCAACAGUUUUAGCUUUGGUUUUGCACUUUGAACCUCAUUAUGGGCAGACAAAUUUACUUGUGUAUUUGGGAAUAUGUUCCUUAAUGGGUUCUCUUACGGUUGUAAGCAUCAAAGCUAUCGGGAUUGCCAUAAAGCUUACAUUGGAUGGGAUAAGUCAAUUAGCUUAUCCUCAAACUUGGUUUUUUAUUACAGUUGCUGCAAUUUGUGUUAUUACACAAUUAAAUUACCUCAAUAAGGCCUUGGAUACAUUCAAUGCUGCAAUUGUUUCUCCUGUAUAUUAUGUUAUGUUCACAACUUUGACCAUUAUUGCUAGUGUAAUAAUGUUUAAGGACUGGUCUGGCCAAAACGUGAGCAGUAUUGCUUCUGAGAUAUGUGGAUUCAUUACUGUGCUCUCUGGAACAAUCAUACUUCAUGCUACAAGAGAACAGGAACCACCUCCUCCAGUAGGAACUGUAACAUGGUAUGUUAGUGGUGAUUCUGUAAAGAGUCCUGAGGAUGAACAUCUAAUCACUCUACGAAGUUUGGAGUAUUACGAGCCAUGAUUUUCUCCAUCAAAGAUGAGUGUCUUGAUCUCCCUCCAUUGAACUGGGUAGAAUACCUGGAAUGCAAGAGAGUCAGUCCCUCUGUUCUCCAGACGAAAUUUGCAGGUGUCAACAAAAGCCAGAAAGGUAGUUUUAGCGAUUCCUUUCCUUGACAACCAGCAAAUGGGACCCCAAUUGAGAUCAGUUAAUGCGCCCUGGAUUCUUGCAUCAUUAUCAACUUGGAAUGAGGAGUUGAGUGCAGUAUCUGUCCCCCCUUUGACAGUGGUGAUCUCAUUCCCAUCUGAGUUGUAUAUUCUUCUUCAGUUGUUUCCUUGUGUUGAGGUUGAGAUGAUUCUUUUUCAUUAUUUCUGUCAAGUAUGUGUCAAUUCUUUUGUAUUCUAAUAAAGCAUACGAAAAAUCUUUGCGGGUGUUUGAUUCUUAUAAAGCUUUUGCUUGGGUCCGUGUCCCAUGGCGUUCCAAA